UUCGAAUCAGAAUAGAGUUAUCUUAUCAAUAAGGCAGAAGUGUAGAUUCAGACGGACGGUUUUUUCUGUGCAGUUUUGAUGACUUCGUUGAAUUUACCGUACGUUUGGUUAUUAAUUGGUGUCAUAAGAAACAAAUUCAAAAUGUUUUGUUUCAGUUGUAAAUAUAUUAGAAAAAAGAAGAAAACUCAAAAUUGAUUUGCCCCACCAUAUUUCGGGUAGAUAGGCCCUGUAAAGCUACCGGGGUGUUCUAGACAUCCUAUUAACUUCAAGAAAAUAGACAGUUCUGAGUUCUCCAAAAGAGUAGAUAUCAUUCCAAUCAAAAAAUUCGAAAAAGGUUGAGUUUUGGCUGAGAUAUGGGCAUGGAGAUAUGGCCAGUUGGGAUAGGAAGCAACCCUUUCAGGGGGGGGGGGGCAUUUUAUGGUCCAGGAAGUGACCGACAACCAAGAAAUAAGGGUCUAUCCUGCUCGGCAAUAGCAAUACUGCAAAGAAGAAGGAUAGAACCAUUGUUUUGGAAUUUGUAAUUUCCUGAUGGAGAAAACUGGUCCCCCAAUUUUGAUUCCACACUGAAGCAUUGGUACGGUAUGGUGUUGCGUCUGAUCCGUGUCGUCCCAACCUUGGAAGUAACCAAGUAUUUUGGCUCUUUAAAAUCGAUUAUUAUAAAAUAAUGAAUAAAAUGGGUCAAAUAAUGGAUCAAAUGUCGCCUCUACUUGCAGAUUGUCAUCACUAAGGAAGGUGCGGGGACACAUGAACAAUGUAAAGAGCAAAAUGUAUGCAGUUUUUCAAUCCAAGCCGCUGUGCACUAGUACCCAUCCCCUCUCAAUCAAGGUCCGACGACAAGCAACAAGUUGGAACGGGCACCGCUAGCUAGUAGCUCUCAUCUAUAGUAGCCAUUGCCACCCAGGUUGAUAGCUGAGGAAACGGAUCGAUCUCAAAAGACGCAGUUGAAAAUCAGCAAAUCGCCAGUGUGCCGCUGCUGGUCACCCGAUUUUGACCCAUCCUUCUCGAGCAGCCUCCCCACGAAUCCUUUCAUCCACCUUGCUAGACCUAGUAUAGCUUUUGUGUGUUGAUCUCAUCAUCAUCAUCAUUGGUUCCAGGAAUCAAAGAAAUUGAAGAGCGAGUCGUAAAAUUUGACCAAAAAGAAACAAGUUCGUAAAGACAGCGUCACCAAGCCAAGCCAAGCAAGCUAUAAGUACUACUAGAAGAAGAAGAAUCACGUCACCAUGUCGCGUCGCCGCGGAGAGUUCGAGCAUCGAACAUCCAUUUUCGAAGGAGCCUUUCGGGCAUGGUCUCAUUUGGGUGGCCUCGAGCCUGAAGAGUUGGAAUCGCGUCCCGCUGCCGAUUUGGAUCCGUUGACCAAUCCCAUUGAAGUCGACACCCGUGUCAAGGGCGCCAAGGGAAAGAAGGGUGAAGAAGCAGCACGCAAUCCAGAUGGAAGCAAACGCCGAGAGUACCCGUAUGAGCCCCUGCCUCGUUCAGGAUUGGCGCAUCCCUACGUACAGGCCAUUCUUUCGCCCUGGUUGGGUCCCGACGCCGACAAUGAAGCCAUCCAGUUGGGUCUCACCACGCUCCGUACAUGGUGGCAGCAUCGUCGCAAGGGAGAAAGUGGAAGUGCCAUUGCUGCCUUGGGAACGGAAAAAAUGAAGGGCGUCGUCGAAGGAUACACUCGCCACUUUUUCACACUCGCACAUUGUCUCAUCAUGAACGACAAGGAACAACCUCCCAGGAGUUUGCACACCAAGAUGAAGGAACUCGACAAACUCAGAAAUAAGCGCAACAAGAAAAGGGCUCGUGAAGACGAAGACACCAAAUUGACCGCCAUGGCACUCAAUGGAGGAUUUGGAGGACCAGGACCCAACAACGAAUCGGCCCAACUCGCUGCCGGAAUCAACGCAGAUUUGACCGAUUCCACACUCAGUCCCCUGGAACGUUUGCAUGCGGCACAGCGUCGACAGUUGGCCGAAAGUGGAGGAAUACAUUCCACUCUCCCCGGUGUCCCUGGGGGAGGCGGCGGCGGCGGAGAUGUCAGUGCCUUGCCUCCCGUCGUCAACAUGAAGGGAAAAUGUGUCCCCGGAAAACUCGAUCUCCCUGGAAUUGUCGACACGGUCAGUCAUCAGGCGGCUCAGUUGUCCCAUCGUGGUGGAGGUUUCGCUCCCAAUCAGGUGGGGAGUGGUGGAGGACCUUCGGCUGCUCCCUCGACGCAAUACGGAGACCCCGCUACCACUCCCGUCGUCUUUGUCAGCGACAAGGGAGACAUUCAAAUCGCAAUGACGGUCGAUGGAAUUACCUGUGCUCAUUGCGUCAAAAUUGUCGAAACCGUAUUGAGGGGAUGCAAUGGAAAUAAAUCCCCCAUUGAUGGAUUGUUGGAUGCUGCUGCGGAUCGUGUUCUCUGCAGUGUCUUGAUCAAAAUUGAUCGCUCCUCCAAUGCCAAGCGUAUUGCUUUCGAAGCGGCCAGGAAUUUGGCAAUGGUUGGAUACACUGCCAAAGCCAAGGAAAUGAGCAUUGUGGGACAAGGCGCCGAUAAAAAGGCAACCAUGGAUUUGGGAGCAUUGAGUACCGCAUUCGAAGUAGUUGCCAACAACAAGGGUGAAGAAGUCUUCGAUUGGAGAAUUCGAUGUAGCUGUCCCGACAAUGGAAUAUUGCGCGAUGAUUGCCAGAGGCACUCCCAAAUGAAUGCACGACUCUUUGAAGCUUUCGAAGCGCGUGCCCAACAAGUGAAGGAAUACAUGGCCGGGUGCGGUUCAAAGUACGGCAUGCCUUGCACUUGUGGGCCAGGAUGUCGCUGCGCGAACUGCUCUGGGGAGUGCAAACAGAGCCGUGCAGGAGAUGGUUCCGGACAGAACCAGCAAAACAAUCAAAUGGCACAGCUGAAAAUGGAUCAACAGAUGCAAAACGGUUUCAAUGAUCCCUACGGAGGUAUGAUGGGAGGUGGAGGAGGAGGACCGCCGCCUCAGAUUUCAACCACGAACAUGAACAAUUUUGGCGGAGGCGAUCCGAUGGGCAAUAUGCACGGCUACGGAGGAGGAAACAAUGGCAUGAACAUGAAUGGUGGAAAUGGCGUCGGGGAAUUGAGUGGGCUCGGGGGCGCAGAGGAUGAGAUGGGUAUGCCGCCGAGCAGAGCUGAAAUGCCCAUGCGAGGCGGAGAUGGCCGCCGCGCUUCUCGCAAUCCCUCGAUCAUUUCCUUUGGAGGUGUGCGUGGAAUGUCGGUCUCGUCAGAAGCAACCUUUGGCAGGGCCAUGUCUGGUUUGUCAGCGUUGAGUAUUGAUUGGGAAAAUUUGGAAGACUUCGAUGUUAAUGUGGAUCACUCGGCGCACAUCAACAAUGGUGGUGCAGGAGGCGCCAAGAAAGAAGACAACGGAACUCACCAGGUCUGAGCUCCAUGAUUUGGUUGGAUGAGAUGCCGUGCUAUUUGUCUGACUCGAGUCAGGCGCAGUAGCAUUUCUUCUCGUUUCACAAGCAUGGUUCAGUGCGGCGGGUCACAUGUGGUCGGGUUACUUUUUGUGUGAUAUUCGGGAUUCCUUACUUUUCUUGAUAGAGGGCGUCUGCCUGUGGAUGCUUCAAUCAAUCAACAAUAUUUAUAUUGCAUGCGGAAAAGGGGUGAGCUCCUACCGUAGGUACCUUUUCACGUUGUUCCUUCUUACUUCGUAGUACUGGGCACACCAUAGACCACGUACAUAGGCGCACGAGCAAUACCGUAAUUUUGCCGUGGCAGUUUUGGCAUCGUAGAAUCCGCUCGUUUACUUCCUCUGGCGAGGGAUCGUCCGCAAAAAGGCAUCGAAUCCUACCUGUGCCAUCUUCAAGGCUCAUUGGAGAUGGCGCCACUACAAGAUCACUCACGGUAC